ACAUAAAUGUUAGUCGAUUUGUUUGUUUACAUCUUAUUGCAUCAAAAAUUGAACAAGGAAAAGUCAUAAGUUGUUAGUUAGAUUUCGAAGCUAUGGUAUCAGAACACUCAAAAUUAAUUAAUUUAAUAGAUAAGUUGAAAAGAAAUUGGGAUCAAUGUGAAAAAAAUAGUCCUGAUGUCUUCCGCUAUAAGCUAAAUGUGACAAAUGAAAAGGUUUUAGAUGGAAAUUUCAAGUUUUACGUUCAGCUUAAUAAAGAUCGAGCAAUUAAAAGACGCAAGCCUGAAAAAUUUGAUUCAAUCAUCCCACCUUUCAAUCCCAACGAAUUCAACUUUAAUAAAGUUGAUAAAAGAGAAAUUUUAAUGGUUGAGGAAAUUAAUGGAUCUCCAGUUCUGUUUCUUAUUAACAACAGUCCUCUUACAAAAUAUCAUUUGCUCAUUGUGCCUGAUGUAGAAGGAAAUCAUCCUCAAGUAAUGACACGACAAUGUUUAGAGUUAGCGAUUGAUGUAAUGAAAUCAUCAAACGAUAAAUCAAUAAGACUCGGUUACAACUCUCCAGGGGCUCUUGCAAGUGUCAACCACUUGCAUAUUCACUUACUUAGUUUAGACAAAGAGCUUUGGAUCGAAUUUGUUGAAUUGAAAAAUGUCGCUUCAAAUCUUUUUAAAAUUAAUGACUCAAAAUUUCCUGUAAAAGGUUUUUGUAUGAUUGCGAAAGAGACGAAAUCUGAUGCUGAAAAGCUGAGUAGAAUAAUUGAAUAUUGCUGUGCAAAUAAAGUUCCUCAUAAUAUGUUCUUCACAAAAUCAAGAAUGUCUGAUGACAUUAGAAUAUUUUUCUAUCCACGAAUGUUGGGAAAUUUCGGUGCUGAAAAGGUUUACACGUCUCUCCUUAAUGUAGCCUUCUGUGAACUUAGUGGCUACAUCCCCAUUGGAGAUGAGAAUCUUUACGAAACAAUCAAUGAAAAUUACAUUAUCGAUAGGUUUAAUCAAGAGAUUCAAAAUAUUAUCUCAGAUUAUUGCAAAAAUGUUCAACAAUCAAAACCAUUCUCGCAUAUCAUGAUGGAACUUUUCAAGCGAGUUGCAAACGAUCCAAAUUUCAACCAAUUAUCACAAAAAGAUGAAAAGCAUAACAAAAAUCGAAGAAAUCAUUUGAUAAAUUCAACAUCGAUAAACAGCGAUGGUCACAAAAGUGAUACGGAUUCUGGUCGAUCAUCAGACUACCGAAGCGAUGACAAUUCUCUUCAAAAGAAACUCGCACGUAUGAAUGAAGAACCAGUGAAAUAUUUUUCACUCCCACGUCCGAAAUACAACAGAAAAUCAGAAAACAUUCCAGUUGAAAUCCCGAAAAUCAAAUAUCGAUCAAAUGCUGAAGUUUUCAGACAACGACGAGUUGGUGGCAGACGAUUCACCGUUGACAUAACUUCAAGUGAAGUUGAUACAGCGUUGGCUGAUGUCGGCCAACAAAAGCCUUUAUCUCGAUCAAUCAGCAAUCUAAAUAAACCAAAAUAUGACGAGAUGAACUUUAAAACUCUUCCAAAUAUGAAGUUGGCUAAGAAAGAGUCAAUAAUUGAAGAAGAUGAAAGUGACAGACCAAAAGGACCGGAAUUUAUAGUCAACUCAACUGCAGAGAUUAAAACAAUUGACAUCAGCGAUAUGAAGUGUGCAAGUAAAGGCAUUGUCAGUGUGCUUCUUCUCAAUGGUCGGACUUACAACAUUUCGUGCAAUCCACUUGCAACAACAACUCAAAUGAUCUUCGAAGCAAUCAUCAAAUCCGAGCAAAUUCAGGAAAAUUACAUCCUCGGUUUGUGUGCUUUAAUUGGUGGUGAUUUUGUUUUCCUUCCUAUGGACUUGAAAGUGUAUAAAGUUGCACCACAAGUUUGGAUUCAAUCAACAACUAAGAAGGCCAAUGAUGAGAUAAAGAAUUCAAUCUUUUCUCUCUACUUGCGUGUUAAAUUAUUCCUUCCAACAUUGAGAAUAAUUUCAAUUGAGUCACGUCAUACUUUGUUCCUUCAAUUACGAAAAUCAAUUCUUGAGAAUCACAUUGUUUGCACUGAUGAUGAUUUAAUUACACUUGGCGGUUUAGCAUUGCAAGCUGAAGUUGGAAAUUUUCAAGAUGAGAUGAAGCAAAUUGAAUAUUUCACAAUGUCACAUUAUCUACCCGAUGGAGUUUAUCAACAGAAUAAAGAGCUUGGAAAAUAUUUGCGCAACUCUCAUUUUAGCAAACGUGGUUUGCAUCCGAAAGAAGCUGAACUUAAUUUCAUCAGAUAUGUUCAAGAGAUGCGUGAAUAUGGCAUUCAUUACAUAAGCGGCGUCUGGACACGUGAUGACAAAAUUGAAUUAAAUGUUUACAUCGGCAUUGGAUUGAAUGGCAUAAAAAUCUUUGAAAGAAAUGUUGGAGGUGGAAAUGUCAGCAGAAAUAAAACAACAAGAAAGUGCAAUAAACGAUUAAUUUAUGAAGAGUUUGAUUGGCUUGAGAUUGAAAAUAUUUGCUUUUCAAAACAAAUUCUUUGCAUUGUGGUUCGGAAAAGCAAUUUGAGAUUAAACUUGGGAUCUAAAGAGAAGACAAGAUUGAAGUUUAAAAUUAAAAUGGACAGCAGAAAAUCAUUUUUCGCUUUCACAAUCGCUUCACAUCAUCAUCAAUUUUAUAUGAAACUUCGCAACAGUUUCGUUUCAAUCAAAUCAAUUGCAGACGAGCUCAACAUUCCUUUAGUCGAUGAAAGUUUUAUUCAACCAAAUGUCAAUAUAAAAAUUGAUAAGUCAUCAAAAACGAGUGGAUUGAGAGUUAGAAAUCUCAAGAAGUCAAUGUUAAAUGACCCUCGACUCUUGAAACUUAAGGAUCGUUUCAUUAGACGAUCAAAAUCAACUGUCUGUGACUUUAAAAGAACAACUGAAGAAACUGCAAAUGAAAAUAAUCAAAACAAAGAAAACGAGCGACCACAAUUUCCUUCAAUGAUUGACUUAGCUGUUAAAUCACCGUCAGUUACUCGUAACAAAGUAAAAAUGGGCACGCGAGUCUUUUCAGCUUCAUAUUUAAACAAAUCCUUCGAUAGUUUAAGCGAAAACCAAACAGAAAUAACUCGUGUUGAUUCAUGGGGCGCUCUCUGCUUAAAGGCGCCGGAUGCUUUCGAUGAAACACCGGAGGAAGAUGAGAAAGAAAAUGAUUUCUUAGAUAAAGAUAAGGAAGAAGCUUAUGUAGUCGAGUCGAGUAUUAAAAGCAUCAAUAUCAACAACAACUUUUCAAUGCCAAAUGAAACAAUGUCGCAAUCACUCCUGGAGAAGUUCGAAGACAUAUCAUGUACUGAUGACCGCGUUUUAUCACAAAUCACAAUUGUUAAAGAUCCAGUCUUCUCAUCUGAUAAACUGAACUUUAAAUCACAAUCACUUCGUAAUCUCACGACAUCAAAUGUCGAUAAUCUGAUAACUGGAUACUCGAUGGGAAUCUCAAUUGUUCAAGGAAAUUCCGAUAAUUAUGUUUAUGUUAAAGAACUUGUCAGAAACGGUCCUGGAGAUAGAAAUGGAAUUUGCGUGGGUGAUCAAAUCGUAUCUGUUGAUGGAACGUCAUUGCUGAAUCUGCCCUACGAUGAAGCUCUUCAAAUUCUUCAGAAAAGUGGAAAAACUGUCACACUCAUCGUAUCGCAGGUUUUCACCCGAAAACCACUUAAAGAAAAGCAAAGUUUUGAUGAUGGAAAACUUUCCUUCGAGUCACCUACAAAGAAAUCAAUUAUCUCAAACCUUAUAACGACGCCGUCAAAGAGUCUUCCGAACUUAAUGAAUUCUAAAGAUUAUCAACUUCCAAAGAUUGUUGCUAUCAUCCCUAAAGAGAAUUUAGUAAUUCCGAGUCAGAAUAAAAAGACGAGAAAGUACAUUGGACCCACAAAGUAUCCGGUUACGCCAUGCCGUAAAGAAAAGGAUUUGAAACUAACCAUCUCGCCCAAUUCCCAUAAGACUCAUCUUUCGCUUCCAACCAACGAUUUGGACACUUUAAACAUUUAAAGCACAUUAAUAAAUGAAUAAUCAUAAACAAGAAAAAAAGGUCACUCAAGUAAGUUUGACUGAGCACGAUGUGGACAAAUUGACACAUGAGAAACAUUAUCAACUUAUAAUAAUCUUCACAAAACGGGAAAUUUUCACGAGAAUUCAUUGAUUUGAUUUUGACACACAUCUACACGACUUAACAAUGAAGAUUAAUAAAAAGAUUAAAUAUUUGAGAAAAAAAUAAAAAUUGGAAAAAAUUGUUUUAUUAUUUUCAAAAUUUUUAUUGGAUGAGUUCGUGGAAGAAUUUUUGAAGAAAUUAAUUGAAGCUC